AACUCGUUUAUAAUUGGCUAAAUCCGCAGCAGUCGACCAAUGAACGGCCUCUGCGUCUUUCGUCGCUUCCGGGUGAUUUUUAAUGAACAGAUCCUUCUGGAUGUGUAUGUUUUUAUUGUGCGGUGCUGAGAAGACGGGCGCCUCCUGAGGAAGUUGGCACGAUGAACAGAAUAUUUGGCCGUGGGAAACCGAGGACGCCUCCGCCGAACCUGUCGGACUGCAUCGGAAAUGUGGACGCCCGGGCGGACUCCAUCGAGAAGAAGAUCGGCCGACUGGACGCGGAACUCAUGAAGUACAAGGAUCAAAUGAAGAAGAUGAGAGACGGGCCCUCCAAGAACAUCGUGAAACAGAAGGCCCUGAGAGUCCUGAAGCAGAAAAGAAUGUACGAGGGUCAGCGUGAGCAGCUGGCUCAGCAGUCCUUCAACAUGGAGCAGGCCAACUACACCAUCCAAACACUCAAAGACACCAAAACCACCGUGGAGGCCAUGAAGAUCGGAGCCAAGGAGAUGAAAAGAGCAUACAAGGAUGUCAAAAUUGACCAGAUAGACGAUCUGCAGGACCAGCUGGAGGACAUGAUGGAGGACGCCAAUGAGGUUCAAGAAGCCCUCAGCCGGAGCUACGCCACCCCAGAUGAUAUCGACGAGGACGACCUUGAAGCGGAGCUGGACGCCCUGGGCGAUGAGCUGCUCCUGGACGACGACAGCUCGUACCUGGACGAGGCCUCGGCGGCUCCGUCCAUCCCUGAGGGAGCUCCCAGUGACAGCAAGACCAACAAGGACGGAGUUUUGGUGGACGAGUUCGGCCUCCCGCAGAUCCCUGCCUCGUAAAGAAGCCACUGGAGUCUUUUUUAAAUGAAGAGUGACGUUUGUACAUGCAACACCGUUGGACCCCCGAGCACAUUCUGUGUGUGAAGUCGUGCAAGCAUGUGGCCUUGUAAUACUCUGAACCUUUUUUUUAAACGAACAAAAAGUUUCCUUCUGUUUCUUCAUCGCUUUCUAUUUAUUUAAUGUUUUAGGAAUGUGUGUCGCUAGUUGUUGCCGUUUUGUCUGGGUCUUUAUGUCUGCAGAUUAUUUGAAAGAUGAAAAUUAAAACAAUUUAAG